AUGCUUCCUCAGUUCUGCCUAUUGAUGUUGCUCUUCCUCUCUGCAUGGUCACCAACUGGACAUGCGGAAAACAGUAGCCCUCCAGAAGCCGUGAUACCCUUAAGGGUCACCAAUACUAGGAAGCAUACUUCCACAGGCUGGCUGUCCUAUAACCUGCAAUUUGGAGGAGAAAAAUGCAUUAUCACCAUGAAGCCCAAGAAAAACUUGAUAUCCAGAAACUUCUUAUUAUUCACCUAUAGUGAGCAAGGUGAUCUCCUUGAAGAACAGCCUUUUGUGCAGAAUGACUGCUACUAUCAUGGCUAUGUGGAUGAAGACCCAGAAUCCUUUGUCAUUGUUAACAACUGUUUUGGGAGUUUGCAAGGCAUACUAGAGAUAAAUGGCACAACUUAUGAAAUCAUGCCCAAGAGCUCAACUUCAACAUUUGAACAUCUGGCUUACAGAAUGGACAGUGGGGCAUCAGAAUCAUUUCCCAUGAGAUGGGGGUUAUCAGAAGAGGAAAUAGCAAGACAAAUGAAGCGUCGAGUAAGCAAUGACUUCACACCUAUGAAAAUCCCAUAUGAGAGUUGGUGGACCUACCACAAGUUUAUUGAAUAUUUUGUGAUAAUAGACAAUAACCAAUAUGUUCAUAGAAGUAGCAAUACCACAGCUUGUAUUCAAGACAUAUUACAAAUGAUCAAUGGCAUAAGUGGUUAUUAUCUUCAAAUAGAUACUGAUGUUGUUUUAAAAACUCUUGAAGUAUGGAAUGAAAAAAACCAUGUCAACGUAGAACAAAACAUACAUAAUGUCCUAAAUGAUUUCUGCACUUGGAAGCAAACUAGCAUAGGCAUUCGUGUUAGACAUGAUAUCAUACACCUUUUUGCCAGACACAGAUAUGGUAUAUAUUUAGCAUUAGCUCAUAUAGGUACACUUUGUACACCUAAUAAUUGUGCAGUUAAUAGUAUCAUCUCUGAUUCAAUGUCAGACAUGGCAUUCAUUAUAGCACAUGAGAUGGGUCAUAACUUGGAUAUGCUGCAUGAUGUCAGUGGAUGUACUUGUGGGAGACAAAGCUGCAUAAUGGCCCCAUAUAAAUCUAUUUCCGCCAAAUUCAGCAACUGUAGUUAUGAAGAAAUGUAUUCAGUUGUUACCAGAAGAAGUUGUUUAUACAAUACUCCAGAUACACUAGUAACAACACACGUGACCAUGCGUGGGAAUAAGUUGGUUGAGGAAGGAGAGCAGUGUGAUUGUGGGAACUUAGAAUCAUGUUCAAAAGACCCAUGCUGUAGCGAGGACUGUGUUCUCAAACCUGGUGCUCAAUGUGCUUUUGGGCUUUGUUGCCAAGAUUGCCAGUUCCUUCAAACAGGCACCAUGUGUAGAAAAGAGAAAAAUGAGUGUGAUCUUCCAGAGUGGUGCAAUGGAUCGUCACAUGAGUGUCCAGGAGAUGUGUACUUGUUGGAUGGAAGCCCUUGCUCGGGUGGUGGCUACUGCUAUAAAAUGGCACGUCAUGAACGUGAGGCACAGUGUAAGAAGAUUUAUGGCAUGGAAUCCAGGAGUGCAAAUGAAAUUUGCUACAUGGAAAUGAACAAAUGGGGUGACCGUUUUGGUAACUGUGGUAACCGUAGUGAAAACUACAUAGGAUGCAAUAUCACUGAUGUACUCCGUGGUAGGAUUCAAUGUGAUAAUGUGGAACAGAUUCCACUUAGGAAAAACCAUGAAACACUGCAUUGGACACAGUUCAAUAAUUUCACCUGCUGGACUAUGGACUAUCAUUUUGGCAGCACCACAGAGGACAGCAGAGCAGUGGAAGAUGGCACCGCUUGUGGGCCAAACCAUAUAUGCAUUGACAGGAAGUGUGUCACUAAGUCUAUUUUGUUUGGUAACUGUUCAGAAAGCUUCUGCAAUAUGCAAGGUGUCUGCAACAAUAAACACCACUGCCAUUGUAAUGUCACAGGGGAACCACCAGACUGUCAACUACCUGGCUUUGGAGGUAGUAUAGACAGUGGGCCAUCUCUAGGGACAUUAACUAACCAGAGGGAGACUGUUAAAGGUAAAAGCCUGGUGGGAUUUAUUAUUCCUUUUAUGAUUUCUUUAUUCUUUUUAAUUUUGCUUAUUUUGCAGUUAGCAUUUUACCAAAAAAGGAAAGCAGAAAAAAUCCCAGAACAUACACCAAAACGAAAACGUAGUACUAAAAUGAAACCUGAAAAAUCAAAUGUGAAACAUAAGGAAAAUAAAGAGAGAUCAAAAAAGGAAUCAAAAAGGGAAUCAAAAAGGAAACCAAAAAAGAAAUCCAAAAAGGAAUCAAAAGAGGAGUCAAAAGAGGAAUCAAAAAAGGAAUCCAGAAAGAAAUCCAGAAAGGAAUCCAGAAAGGAAUCCAGAAAGGAAUCCAGGAAGGAAUCCAGGAAGGAAUCCAGGAAGGAAUCCAAAUAG